CACCAGGCGACCGCCGGGCUGCAUCAGCUUGCCGCCUGCCCUGCCCUCCCCCGUGUGCAAUUUAUUUGUGGGGUAUAGGGACUAAUGGAGCCGGAGAGAGCAGCCAGCAGGGGUGGGGCGGAGACUCCGAGUCCCCACCUGUCGACUGCUGGGAGGGGGCGAAUAGGAGGAGGGGCUUGUCCCGUAGGGCCCGCCCCCGGGUCCCGGAGCCUAGAGCGCGCGACGAGAUAUAAGGCAGCCGGGAAACAAUGCGCCUGCAUCUCGCGCUCCCGCGCCUAUCCCGGUAGCAGCGUCUGGGGCUUCGUGCACGAGCGAGGGAAAGAGCGCGCGCGCGGGGGCGCGCUCUUGGAUGCGGGUCGCGCGCUCGGUGGCGCGCAUGUGCUUGUGUGCGGGCUGCCGGGCUGCCCCGAGCCGGCCCCGAGCGGGUCCGCUCUCGGUGGCGGGCGGCCGGAGCGAGGGAGCGGACAUGGACUUCGACUCGUACCAGCACUAUUUCUACGACUAUGACUGCGGGGAGGAUUUCUACCGCUCCACGGCGCCCAGCGAGGACAUCUGGAAGAAAUUCGAGCUGGUGCCGUCGCCUCCCACGUCGCCGCCUUGGGGCUCGGGUCCCGGCGCCGGGGACCCGGCCCCUGGAAUUGGUCCCCCGGAGCCGUGGCCCGGAGGGGGCGCCGGGGAUGAGGCAGAAUCCCGGGGCCACUCGAAAGCUUGGGGCAGAAACUACGCCUCCAUCAUCCGCCGUGACUGCAUGUGGAGCGGCUUCUCAGCCCGGGAGCGGCUGGAGAGAGCGGUGAGCGACCGGCUCGCCACUGGCGCGCCCCGGGGGAACCCGCCGAAGCUGCCCGCCGCCCCGGACUGCGCUCCCAGCCUCGAAGUCGGCACCCCGGUGCCCGCUGCCCCCUGCCCACUGGGCGAGGCCAAGACCCAGGCCUGCUCGGGGUCCGAGAGCCCUAGCGACUCGGAGGGGGAAGAAAUUGAUGUUGUGACAGUGGAGAAGAGACAGUCCCUGGGUGUGCGGAAGCCGGUCACCAUCACAGUGCGAGCAGACCCUUUGGACCCCUGCAUGAAACACUUCCACAUCUCCAUCCAUCAGCAACAGCACAACUAUGCCGCCCGUUUUCCUCCUGAGAGCUGUUCCCAAGAAGGGCCUCCAGAGAGAGGUCCUCAAGAAGAGGCUCUGGAGACAGAAGCUCCAGAGGAAAAGGAAGAUGAGGUACAUGAAGAGGUUGGGAGCCCCCUGCCGAUAGAAAGUGAGGCUCCCCAGUCCGGCCACCCCAGACCUGUCAGCUCUGACACCGAGGAUGUGACCAAGAGGAAGAACCACAACUUCCUGGAGCGCAAAAGGCGAAAUGACCUCCGUUCAAGGUUCUUGGCCCUGAGGGACCAGGUACCCACCCUGGCCAGCUGCUCCAAGGCCCCUAAAGUGGUGAUCCUGAGCAAGGCGUUGGAAUACUUGCAGGCCCUGGUGGGGGCGGAGAAGAGGAUGGCUACCGAGAAAAGGCAGCUUCGAUGCCGGCAGCAGCAACUGCAGAAAAGAAUCGCGUAUCUCAGUGGCUACUAACUGACCAAAACGCCUGACUGCUCUUACAAAGACCUGAGUUAAUUUUUUAACCGUCCCUCUCCGCUUUAGUAAUUUGCACAUUUUGGUUACGGCGGGACAGUCUGGACAGUAGAUCCCAGGAUGCUUUGCAGCUGGUGCACCCUGGAAACCCAGCUCUCCCUCUUCCCUGACUCAACAGGAGCACUGUGUCUUCUCUGGCGCCUUUGGCUUCUCAGGCGGGCAGCUGACUGAGGAGCCUUGGGGUCUGCCUAGCUCACUAGCUCUGAAGAAAAGCCUGACAGAUGCUAUGCAACAGGUGGUGGACGUUGUCGGGGCCUCCAGCCUGCAUGAAAUCUCACACUCCGGAUGAGCUUUAGGCUGGGAAGGGAUGCUCCCACUGGUGUCUCUGGGGUGAUGCUGGGACAGCUGGGCCUGGAUGCACUCCCUGAGGCUCCUUUUUCCAGGAGACAUACGAGCUGUCUUGGGUGAAGACAAGCUCGCAGACUUGAUCAACAUGGACCGUUACCUCACUGUCAGACACUUUACAGUAGCUGAGGAGUUGGAAACCUUUAAUAUAUACAUAUAUAUUGUCAGAUGACACCCCUCCUUCCACUCAAUGCUGCUGCCUUGAGAACAUUUAAAGAGCUUGGCCUCUAGAUUCUUUGUCUCAAAGCCCUCUGGGCCCUUUCCUCUGAGGGAAAGACCAUUCUGUCCUCACAAGGGACCUUUUUGUUUCCUUCUGCCUUUGUUAGCAAUGGGCGUUAGAGCACCCCUUUCCCAGAGGUCAGAAAUAUUUCCCCAAGAUGCAGGGACAUGGGUCCUAACCAAGGGAAGGCUUGGGGUUCUGGCUGUGAACUUGUUCCCCACCCAGGUGUCUUCCAUCUUGGAAUCUUUUCUCAAGGCGGUCGUCAGGCACAUCAGGAGUGAGAACUGUACCAUUUCCUCUUUCGCAGCUUCCUCUCAUCUCAAGCCCUGACUGAUAAGUUUGAAGUUCUACUAGAACCAUGCAAACCUGUCCUCGUGCAGCUCCAAGGAGCUUGUGUCUCUGUAGCCACCCUUGGGCCACCUGCCAGCCUGCCAUGAGUCAGAUCUCUGUCUCAGAACUUGGGCCUUACUGAAGGUCUUCCUGGGAGAGCUGCUGGGACUCAUCCAGUGCUCCAGAAGGCCGCCUGGCUUCCCGGGGUGGGGGCUUUGCUCAGUGGACCAUGGUGCAUUUUGCCCCAGCUGGACUCCGCACCUCCAAGUGGCUUCCAGGUGCAACCUCCAGUCUGUAAAAAAACCUAACCCUGUAGUGUCUUGUGGGCAACCUCAGGAGCCCCCAAGCCUAUUCUGAAAAAAGGAUCGACCCCCCCUUCCAGGGCUCUGCUGGCUGUGGGUUUGAAAGUGGGGGAGGGAAGGAUGGUUGAGAGCUGUAUGUGGCUCUGGAAAGCCACCUGCUACUUCUAAACCUGUUAUGCACGAGAGUCUGUUUCUGAGGUUGCUUCUUGGCCCUAGAGAAAACCCCAGUGGAAGUUUGGAGAAAGUCUCUCUACCUUUUGGAGCAUGGUUUUCUGGAGCCAAGUGACUUCUGGAACUCUCUUUGGAGAAUGGGUGGGAAAUAGGUUACUGAUGUCUCACCUGAAUAGCUUGUGUUUUAUGAGCUGCUGUUGGAUAUUAUACCGGAAGCAGUUUUUGUGUGUGUGUUUUUUUUAAUACUGUAUUUUUGUAUGCCUUUUGCAAAGUGGUGGCGUUUUUGUACAAGAAAAAAGCUCUUGGGCAAUUAUCCUGUUGUGAGAGUCUUGACUUAUUUUGAAAGGCAAGUUUAUCUGAAAUUAUGUAUUUAGUUGUAAUUAUUGAUCGCCUGAUUUAAAAAUGUUGCCUUCUGGGACAGCUAAUAAAACUUUCUCAAACAUGUCAGAGUGGGGGCAGCUUAUGCCAACUGAGUCUCCCUGAACCAAGGAAGACUGUUGCAGGGUAGCUACAAAGGAGCCAGAGGGUUGCAUUUCUCUAACCACAUUGCUCACCUGGUCAUUCCACUUUGGGUUCCCGAAAUGCCAUUUCAGACAUGUCUAAACAACGUGGGCUCGGCUCUUGGCGAACACGAAAUUCCCUUGUGAAUUGCAAAGCAUGCUGAAUUUGUACUUCAGAAGGCCUGAAAUCCAGGUUCCACCACUUGUUCUGUGCCUUUAGCCUAAUCUUUCUGAGUCCUAGUUUCCUUAUCUGCAAAAUGGGGAUAAAUGCUACUUCACAGGGAUUUGGCAGGUAUUCAGUGAAGUAGUAGAUGAUAAACCACUUUCUAAACUGUAAAGCCUUGUAUUUAGGGUGGUACUGUUCUUACGUUAGUGGUCUGAUGACCCAUGGCAGGAUGUCUUUUUAGAAAUUCUCAGUGAAUUUGUGAUGUAAUGUGACCCUCCCCCCUUUUUUUCCUGGAUUUAAUGAAGGAGAAUGAAGACUCCCUUUUCCUCCCGUAGUUCUUAUAAAGUUGCUGUAAAUGCAAGAGGAGAGAACUUAAUAAUAGCUCUUCCUGAUAGAGUACUGCCUAUGCCUGAGCUUACUUCUCCAUAUUAUGCCACACCCACCAGGACUACAGAAGAGGAAACAGGUUCUUAGAGCGAAACAAAACUGCCCAAAGUUACAGCUGGUAAGUCAAUGAGCUGGGAUUUGAAACCACCUCUGAAUAUCUUCCCCACAGCAUAGUAAUGAUCAGCUUGUUUUGUUAGCAUGGGGUGUGUGGAGGAGGUAAACAUGAAAUUCCAUCGCUUAACUGCUGCUUGGAACUCGGGGGGCGGGGUGUCACUGUGCCUGCCACUUACUGGGAUGAAGUGAUGCAUAUGUUCCAUAGCCAGCCCCUUUGCCCAUCAGUGGGGUGGAAAGGGAAGCGGUUGCUGUUUCGAAGGGCCAUGAGCGGCAUGGUGGGAGAAGGCCACCUUGUUUGAGCUACUCCUGCCUUACGGCUAAAACCUGAGUUGGUAUUGCCUGCCGGCACUCCUAUGGAGCCUGAGUAGAGUAAAAAAAAAAAAA